AUGGACCUUGAUUGUGGCAUAAUUGAUGUAGAUGAGUUUGCUAGAUCAAAUGAACCAGCUAUUCCCAUCCCACUUACCAAUGCCAAAGGCCGCUCCCUUGAGACAAUUAAGAUUGAAUAUAUUGAUGACCUACCAGAGUAUCCAAUGAGUGAUCUGAAUGGUUAUACAUAUGUUGUUGCUUCAAGAGGACGAUCACAAGUUGAAAUGGAACAGCUGGUCCAUGACAUUCAAUAUGCAAAGCGACAGCUUUAUAAACAGAAGCGACCAAUCUACUGUCCAUUUUUUGACUGUUCUGUUAAAAAAUGGACCUGGCAAUGCUCUGGAAUCUAUGCAUGUGAAUUCCUGAAUCCAUUUCUUCAAUCAUAUCAUCAUACAUCUGUUGAUGAACAUGUUUGGCAAGAGAUCCAGAAAUCUCAGAGGGAGAUCCAGCUCUUAGAGUCUGAUGUCAGCAAACGGAAUGCAUAUAGUUAUUAUCGCUCCAAGAUGGCCUUCUUCAAGAAGGGCCUUGCCUGCAUUGAUCAGCUUCCCACAUGUAAACCAGUCUUUAAACGACACACCCAAAUGAACAUUCAUGGUGAUCAUGCCCCUUAUAUUGGAUGUACCAAUGAAACCUAUGAUAUUUUGACGAAGCAUCAUAGGGGAGCAAUUCAAGGCCAUACAGUGAUUAACUUGGAAUUUCUUGAGGAUCUGUUUAAUAAGGAGAUCAUGCCAGCAACAGAGGAAUGUGGUGUUUUUGAAUCAUUGACAUCACGACGGAAAUACUGUGGUCGAGAUCAUCCUCAAGGAUCAGGCCGUCUAAUACAUUCAACUUGUGAUGUUACAUUCAAUGCCUUGAUCCCAGUGGAUAUUGAACAAUGUCCAUAUAUAUUGUUUACAUCUCAUGGUGUGCAUAAACACCCACCCCCACCACCAAGCAAAGCACCAGAACGGAUUUUACAAGGGGUUAAAAGGAUUGUUGAGCAAUUGCAUGAUCCAAGUUUAACCACAGCACAAUUCCUUCGCAAUCCCCAGUUAGAAGCUUUUUGCCGACAGUAUGAUGCAUCAACAUUAGCAGAAAUCCACUCUAGCUUCUGUAAUAAGGACCGAGUUUCAGCCAUUAUUCAAAAACAGCGUCUACUUUCAUAUCCAGGUGGGCAGGACAUCAAUGGUCUAAUUUUUCUUGAAAAGACAAAUGAAUAUAUGAGUGACUACAUCCAAGAGAAAUAUCAUGACUCACAGGGUACCAUGGUUCUAUGCGGCUUUAAGCAACAAAUUGAGCUUCUUUCACGUCUUCUCUCCCUUGAGGUUGACAUGUCAUUCAAGCAUAUCCGGGCAAAGACUAUGAAUGAAGUGCUUUUUGCAACAUUUCUACCAGAUCAGUGCAAGGUCAUUACCUUACUCCGAGUUUUUACCAAUGAAGAUUCCACUGCUGGUUAUUAUCGACUUUUCAAGCGAGCCUUCAGCCUUGUUAAGAAGGUAACUGGAAAAGAUGUUAAGUUUGAUCCAAUUCAUGGCUGUGGGAUCCAUGGUAUCAUCCUUGACAUGGAUACAAAACAAUAUACUGGCCUUGGUCAGUAUCUAUCUGAAAUUGAUCCUAAACAUCGUGAUAUAAUAUGGCACUUACAACAUAUGGUUGUAUUCUGCCGUGUACAUUAUCAACGGUCAAUCCUAAAUGCCAUUGGAACCAGAAGUCAAGGUUCACCCCUUUGGAGCCGUAUGAUGAGUUUGCUAGACUGCAAAUCAGAGGAUGAUUAUGAUACCUUGCUUGAUCUAUUCAUAAAAUAUGAAGAUGCCAAUGUUCGCAGCUGGGCAAUACACAAGAAAGGUGCAGUCAUCAAGGCAGGAUUGAAUAAAGCAUGUUCUCACAUUCAAUCACACUUCUUUGAUGAGUUGCGGAAUCAUACAAAUGCAGUGGAACAGUCACAUCAAAAGUCAUAUGCUUCUGGGAAAUAUUUAACACUGGUGGAAGCAGUCAAGAAUUCUGCAAAAUUGGACAAGGAAGACAUUCUUCAGUAUGAUAACUUCAAGAACUUUAACAUUCAUCAUUCAUAUCGAACAUCAAAUAUGGAGGCGAAUUAUCUUUGUCAUAUGAGUCGUGAAAGUAACCGCAAACGCAGACGGUCUUCCUCUAACAAUGUUUCUGACAGUUCAUCUGGUUCACAGCAGCAACAAUCAACACAACAGGCUUCAAAAUCACGCUCUCCAUCAACAUACACUGGUGAUAAUGAGUCAAUCAAGUCAGACCAUCUGCGGCGUAUUGCAUCAGCAAAUGCCUCAAGCCUUGAACACAGAAGGCAGGAACUUGAGCUUCGACAGCUCGAAGCAGAUAUCAGACAGAAAGAAGCAGAUAUUGAAAAGCAAAAGGAGGAAAUUCAUUUAAAGCGACUGGAGAAUGAGAGAAUAGAGCUGGACCUUAUGGAGCGGCGGAUGCGAAUCCAGGAACAUCAGCAAGAGAACUGCUAG